GAGUGCUUCAGGAAUGCUGCAAAAGUGUAUCAGUGUGGCCAGACCUUUUGGGACAGGUUUAAUAUGGAUCCCUAUUCAGCAUAUCACAAGGACAACCUUUACUAUCCAUUCACAUCCCAUCAGGACUGGGAGCUCAGCAGCUUUCUCCUGUGCUUGUCAUUAAGUAUGGCCACCAUAGAUGAGUUCCUGGAGCUCAAACUAAUUAAAGCAUUGUCUCUCUCCUUUCGUACAGCCAGGGAGUUGUGUGGUUGUGCUGAGCUGCUACCUCCUGUUCUGAAGUGGCAGUACUGCAUAGUCUCAACCACUCACCCAACAAAACAGCCUCUAUAUUUUUACUGGCAUGAUCCAUUGGAUUGCAUCAAAUCAUUUUUUAGCCACCCAUUCUUUGCUAAAGAAAUAGAUGUCAUGCCACAACAUGUAUAUCACACAGUGGAAUGUACAUCACAAAUUUACAAUGAAUGGCUGAUGGGUGACACAGUGUGGUCGAUGCAGUCACAACUUCCAGAUGGUGCAACAUUGUUGGGCGUCAUACUGUCCUCUGAUAAGACCAACAUCACCAACAUGACUGGUGGACAUGUUGCUCACCUGCUCCUGAUCAGCCUUGCCAAUAUC